AUGUCGAAUAUAAAUUUAUUUCCUGAACUAGACAAUGAACAAGAACAGGAACAUGAAUAUAAUAAUGGUCAUGAUGAAUUUAAAGAAGAAGAAUUAAUUGUUUUUGGUUAUUCAUGUAAAUUAUUUCGUGAUGAUUUUUCUGCGAAAGCUAUUGAUCGUGGUCAAAGUCUUAUACCAUGGAAUGGCGAUGAAAACGUUAUGAUUGACAGGUAUGAUUGUCGUGGUCAUUUAUCUGAUUUGAAAUUAUGGGAUAGUGAUUUAAUACGACAAAAACAAUCAAAUAAUGAAUUACAUUUUUUAAGUGAAGAAGAAAAACGUAUUGAAGAAGAAUGUGAUAAAGAAAGGUAUUUGGCAUUAUAUAAAGAUAUGGAAAAAGAAGCUUUACAACAAGAAGAAGAAUGGAAACGACUUAAUGCAGAUAAAACCGCUUACAGUCAAGUUGGAUAUACUUAUGAUGAUUUAAGUAAAACGAAAGGAUCUUCAAGUAAAACAAUCGAAGAAGUUCCACAAACACUGGACGAUGAUGAUGAUGAUGAAUAUGAACCAUUUUAUCCAUCAGAAAAGUUGCAAAUACCUUAUGGAAUGGAUAUUCCUGAAUCCAUUAAAUUGAAUGCUGUGAUUGAAAAAACUGCUAGUUUUGUAUCUACUUCUGGUCUUCAAAUGGAAAUUGUUCUUAAAACAAAACAAGCCAAUAAUCCUCAAUUCGACUUUCUUAAAUAUGAUCACUAUCUUAAUCCCUAUUAUCGCCAUCUUAUAAUAAUGAUUAAAUCCGGAAAAUAUCGACCCAACUUUGAUAAUAAUUCAACUACUACUACUAAUAAUACUAAUACUAAUAAUAACAAUAAUAAUAAUAAUAAUCAAAAGAAAAAAACGAAUAAAAACGGUAUUGAUCAAAAUAAUAGUCACGAUGAAGAUGAAGGAGGUGAUUCAUAUUUACAUCCAUUAUUAAGGGGUAGCACAAAUAAUGAUAAUUCUAAUGCAACAAAGAAAUCGGAUGAAACAUCACGUAAACCACCAGUACAAAUGAAUAUUCACAAUACAGCUUAUGGACAACUUAUUAAAAAAUAUGAGCAUCUUCGACAACGUGAAAAAGUCUUAAAAGAAAAUGAAGAAGAAAAAAUGUCGCCAAAAAAAGAAGAAAUCAAAACUGAAGAACUUUCGCCAAAAUCAGAUUCAUCUUCAUCAACACAUGUAAUUCCACCACCUCCAGAUGUGAAACCAAUUAUAGAUAAAUUAGCUGAAUAUGUCGCACGCAACGGUCAAGCAUUUGAACAAUCUAUUCGAACAAAGAAUGAUCCACGUUUUGGCUUUCUCGAACGUGAUCAUAUACAUCAUAAUUACUACCAACUAAAAUUACAAUUAUGCGUGCAAGGUAUUCUUCGUAGUAAAAAUCAAGAAAACCAACGAAAUCUCGAUAAUGAUAUACAACAAAAUGUACAUGGUAAAGGUGUUAAAUUAGUAUUAAAAACAAAUACUGAAGAAUCAUUGACACCGACGUGUCAAGAGUUUAAUUCAGAUGAUGAUUCAAAUUCCAUGCAACCAAAAUAUUUAGACAAACAAGAAGACUUUAAUCAAUUUAUUGGUCCUCGGCCUCCUUCGCCUGAAUUUCUUGAAAAAAUGCGUAAACAAGAACAACGUCGAGACCGUGUUAGUGGUUUUGUACGUGACAAAAUUACACGUGAUAAGCAAGAAGAACGUAAACGAAAAGCUGAAAUGCUUGUACAGCAAUUGAAAACGAAAGUAAAUGAAUCAACAUCAGUAAUAAAUUCAAUAGAAUCAUCAACAACGAAUUCAAAUAUAAAUCCAACAAUUGUUGAAAAAUUACUUAAUGUUAAAAAUGAACGUUCAACAUCAUCGAUAUUAGCAUCUUCACAUCAACAUCGGCGAUCAAAACAUUCUAGAUCACCAUCGAAAUCUUGUAAUCGUUCAAAAUAUCAUCGGCGGUCACGAUCAAAAAGUAAUCACCGACGACGUAGACGAUCAUCUCAUAAAAGAUCACGUUCACGUUCUAAAUCUCGAAGUCAUCAUCGUUCAAAACAAUCGAAAAAUUCAAAAUCAUCAAAAUCUAGUCGAAAUCAUCGUCGUCAUCGCCAUCGUCGUCAUCGGCAUUCAUCAGCUUCAUCUACAUCAUCAAAUUCCUUAUCACGAUCAAGGUCAUCAUCAGUAUCAUCGUCGUCAUCAUCAUCAAUAUCUUCCUCGUCACCACAUGAUAGAAAAAAAAAGAAAAAAGUUACAAAUAACGAUGAGGAGCAACAACGAAAUCAACGUAAAAAUAAUGCACAAUCAUCGAAAUGGGAUCAACGAGAGCCAACAAAAGUUAAGCCCGAGGCAUCAUCUAUCGACACAGCUACAGCUGCUUCAUCCUUAUCAAUCAACACCGAAACAACGUUAUCGAACAGUAGUACCUCUUGA